AUGGCUGAACAGGAGACCCUUCAGUUUUCUCGCCUUGAGGCUUCUUUUAAUCAUGCCAAAGUGCUACCGCGGCAGAACUCGGUAGAGAUGAAAGAUGUUAAUCGCCAUGCCCAGGCUGGUGACCUGAACUCGAACGAUUUAGACUUCGACCUCGCCCUGGAUCGUGAUGACUAUCCCAUCGAUGCCCUUGAGUCACUUCAAGAUAUCUUCUCUGCUGCGCAGCAUCAUAAGCAUUUUUCAAACCCAAGAAACUUCUCCGACGUAUCCUUUAUUAAGUGCUUUGACUCGGACGGGAAUAGAUCAAUGUGGCGUCUCUUGGAUGCUGGAAUGUUCUCGGAUCUUUUACAGAAAGUGUCAAAUCCUCGUGCUCCUGCGCCGAAUGAGCGAGCGGAUCUAAGGCCACGAAGACUACUUGCAUUUUUCGUCCCGCUCAUACCAGCAAAGAAUACAUCGUUUGGAAGUCGAAUCGCGAUGACUCAGUCCAAUACAAAUGAAUUGUUCCGGACACUCAGCAUUAACCCGUUAUACAUCAUGAACAUGCUGGGGAGGCCCGAUUACUGGGCCCCGCAGACACGAUGGGAAUCGGACGGAAAUGGCGAUUUUUUAGCCUGUGAUUUUUUCUGCCAACACCCACGUUGGAACCUACACUUCCAAGGUGCACCUCUCUCGGUAUAUAUGCGCUAUAAUAGUGUAUUGAAUCUCACGACAUAUAUUAUCUCUCACAAGGAGGGUGAUUCUAGCAUACGGGUUUUAUGCGACAUUCUAGACACCACUGUAGAAACAUCUAAUACUAGCCGAAGGGCUAGUAUCUUCCUCAGAGACCCCUUUGAUAUUGCCGUUAUACUUUCGACAUUAUCUUUCGAGGCUGCGAAAUUCCAUGCACAAAAAUUCCGACGUUUCAUGUGGACUCAGGUUAACAAAGUUGACGACCACCUAGCGGGCUUAGAAGACAGUGACAGACGCCAACUUAGCGAUUUGACAAAACAGCUGCAAAUAAUAUCCCAAAACGCGGACUCCCACAUCGGGAACGCAGAUGUUUCUAUCAUAACCGCGACAGCGAUACGUACCGUCCAUGACCGUCUACAUAAGGCCAUAUCUAGCCCAAAACAGAUCCACGAACGAGCAGCGGACUCAAUUACUUACGUGAUUGAAUCUAUGCAGAAGCAAAAGAUCUGGUUUUUGAACUACAAGAACCGCAAAGAUAGCACUAUGGCCCUAGUGUACAACCUCGUGACACAGCAGGAUGCCGCCAGUAAUAUACAGAUCGCUUCUAGCAUGAAGCGAGAUAGCACUAGCAUGAAUGCAAUUGCGGCGGUGACUAUGGCAUUUCUCCCGGGGACAUUUAUAGCAACAAUCUUGGAUGCUGGUAUAUUCGUUGCGGCAGAAAACAGUUCGCGCAUCCAUGUCUCGGGAUUAUGGUGGUUAUGGAUAGUGUUUACAAUUCCCCUUACAUUGAUGGUUGUCGCAUGCUGGUGGUGGUACAAGAAACGGAAGGGAAAAGUGCGUCUGGCACCUAAAAUUGAUGCAGACGACGGUGACACUGCGCCACCCUUGAAGAGCACACCAAUUCUUAAUUCUUUCCGGACAUGGAGCCGGAAUAAUAGUGUCGCAACCAAGGUUUGA